AUGCCGAUCUCUGAUGUGUGUUUCCCACAGCACAGGAAAGAUCAUCCAGUGGUAUCGUACCUAGGGCGACUUGUUGGAGCUCACUCGACGGUUCAGCAGUUCAGUGCGACGAAAAGGAUGGCUGUUGGCAAAGAUUCUAUGCUCCCUGCAGGAGGUUGUCCUUUCAGAAGUUUCCGAUACUAUGUCUACCCACAACUAGGUGGCCGAUGUUAUUUGCGAGCAUCGCAUCAGAAACAUGGGAGCAUUACAAACUUGGAAAAUUGGCGAACCAGAAAAUUAGACGAGGCGGUCUGCCCUAAAAAGCAAUUCAUAGGUGGAGUAGUCUUUCUCGAGGAAGUUCAGCUGUGCGUACUGGACUGGUCUGCAACGUCGGCGUAUAGUAUGACGCUGCUUAUUCUUGUAUUUCUACCGACCAUCGCAACGGUCUUCAACACCGGAUAUAAAAUAAUCAGGGCGAUGCGUAAUCCGAACCAGCUUGAGGAUAGCCAGCGUAUGAUAAUUGAGACCGAUCCAAAUUUCGUGCUCACAAUGUUUUUGCUGGUUGCUUUCGUACUCUCAUGGCUGCCUUUAUUGUGUCUCAAGGUCUUCGAAUAUUUUGUUCCUCCACAGUCCGAUGCUGAUCUUUCGUUGGCCACUUUUAUCUUCGUGUGGUUGGCUAUCGCUGGACCAUCGGCUAAGUUUCUUAUAUAUAUGUUUAUUAACGGAGCAUUUCGAACCAGCUUUUUGUCUUGGAGACCAUGUGUUUUUAUCUGUUGUCCUCUCAGCAGAAAUUUAGAUUAUCGUGACAUAUCCUCGAAUUCGCAUUUGUAG